AUGAAUUGGGAGACCAACACUGUACAGAAUCUCAAAGUAUGUGCAGCAUCUAAACAAAAAGCUUUACAAGGUCUUGACAAUACAACUUCUGGUGGAAUGGGAGCAAUUGACACAUUGCUUAAACUGGUGACAAAACUUGAGACAUUUGGUAUAAGUCAUGAAAGUGUGGAAAAAUUGAAAGACAGUUUGCAUGUAAUUAACCAGUUUUUGAAAUUUGAGUACAAACUGCAUUUGAAUAAACUAGAUGGUUUUACAGAUCACUGCACUACAUACGCUUUAAGCGACCCUUCAAUUCCUGGAUUUUCUUCUAGUUGUGAACAUCAGCAUGAUGCUAAUUAUGAUAAAUGCAGUCUUGUUGACAAUGUGCUUGACCUAAUCACAACAGAGCUCUCUAAAGUUCAAGUAAACGAAUCGGUACAAGAUGAUAUUGACUUUGAUCUUAACAGUGCAACAAAGAAUUUAUUGGAAUGGAAAAGGCACCUAUUAAGAACUGUGCAUCAAGAUGCUGCUAGAAAUGAUAUUUUGAAGAAUUUAACACCUAAUCAGAGUUUGAUCAUUAUGGAUUGGGCAAUGAAGUUUUUCCCUGUACAAUUCCGUGAGACUCAGUCAGAAUUUUUCGGAAAGAAAGGUCUUAGUUGGCAUAUUUCAUGUUCAGUUACAAGGUCAGCAUCAUCAGAUGAGUUAGAUCUCAACUGUUACAUUCACAUACUUGAAAAUGGGACACAAGGAUGCCCAGGAGGACGAUAUGGAGUUGACUGUGAAAAUUCUUGUCCACAGAACUGCCAUGGGCCAUGUGAUUUGCAACAUGAAAAUUGUUUAUUUGGAUGUUUAGAUGGUUGGCUUGAUCAAAAAUGUGCAACAGCUUGUAGAGAUGGUACGUUCGGGGGAAAUUGUCUAAGAAAGUGUUCGGCAAAUUGUAUAUCGGAUCCUUGUAAUCAUGUAACAGGAGAAUGCGAAAGAUGUACCAACGGAUGGAAAGGAUUUAACUGCACAACAGAAUGCAGCAAAGGAAAAUUUGGGUUGGAUUGUUCUGAAUCUUGUGAUGGUUGUAUUGAAAGUACAUGUGAUCGUUUUAAUGGUGAAUGUGUUGAUAAUAGUGGAUGUAAACCAGGUUAUGAGAAUGGACGAUACUGUAAUAAGACGUGCAGCACAGGAAAAUAUGGGUUGGAUUGUUCUGAAUCUUGUGAUGGUUGUAUUGAAAGUAAAUGUGAUCGUUUGAAUGGUGAUUGUUUUUAUAGUUAUGGAUGUAAACCAGGCUAUGAGUAUGGACGAUACUGUAAUAGGACUACUCCAAAGUGCGACAAAGGCAAAUUUGGGUUGUAUUGUAAUGAAUCUUGUGAUGGCUGUAUUGAAAGUAUAUGUAAUCGUUGUGAUGGUGUAUGUAUUGAUAGUAGUGGAUGUAAACCAGGGUAUGAAUAUGGACCGUACUGUAAUAAGACUUGUAUGAAUUGGCACUUUGGAACCAAUUGCACAAAAAUUUGUUACUGUUUGAACAACCCGUGUGAAAAAAACAGUGGUAUUUGCUCUGAUGGCGGCUGCAAAAAGGGCUGGCAUGGUCAAUCGUGUGAUGAAGAGUGUAGCAAAGGAACAUUUGGGUUGGAUUGUUCUGAAUCUUGUGAUGGUUGUAUUGAAAGUGCAUGUGAUCGUUUUAAUGGUGAAUGUGUUGAUAGUAGUGGAUGUAAACCAGGCUAUGAGCAUGGACCGUACUGUAAUAAAAAUACUCAGAUGUCUCUCCCUGCUAGUUCUGGUACGGCCAUCAGAGGAGGCAUAAGUGCUGCCAUUAUGAUCAUUAUUAUAAAGAUCUUCGAAGUAAAUUAUGUUAUAUGAUAUAUAAAUUUAUAAGUAGAACUCUAUGCACAAAACUUUUGCUGAAAUGGUGCAUUCAUAUGGUUGCAGGAUUAUUCAUUGUAAAGACAAUAAAACGUCAAAAGUUAUGUCAAAUUUGCAGAUUGAAUGUGUCGAUUUCAAAGUAGAUAACUAAUAAAAUAUCUAUCAAU